CUCCACGGAACGCUGUUUAUUCGAUCGCGCUUGCUCUACAGAAGGCCAUACUUCGUCGUUGCUGCCAAAAUGCCGAAAGAUGCUCCGAAGCCCCGUCAAAGACCCAUCUCUUGCCGAUUUUGUAGGACGCGGAAACUCCGUUGCAGCAGAGACUCGCCAUGCUCCAACUGCGUAUCACGAAAUAUACCAUGUGAGCUUGAGAAAUACAAUGAUAUCUCACCUUCAAUCGAAAAUCGCGAAAGAGAAGAGUUGCUUGAGCGCAUACGAAAGCUGGAAGCUUUUGUGGGAAGCAAAUCGGCGCAAGUGACAGGCAUAGCUGCAACAUCAACUCCGGAUGUGGAUACUCAGUCGCAAUCGUACGCAGAACAAAAUGCUGGACCUUUUGAUCAGGUAAAAGAUCAACGUCCAGGCGAAGACGUGGCUUCCGCGAAAGAACAAUUCGACCAUGAUUGCGCUUAUUUGAAAAGCAUUUAUGACAAUAGUGACUCUACUCCUGACGAACUUCCAUCUACUACGGUGACGUUCUGUGUAUGUCCCCUGAACAAGAUUAUUAUCACCGAAGAGCCUAUGAAGGGGUCAUGCUUCAGUCAUACUAGAAUCAUCUUUUGGUUACCGGAAUAUUCGCAAGCCUUGGCUUUGCUUGAUAAGUUCAAAUCCAGCAUCCACCACAUGCACCACAUCAUGCUCUCCCAAUCACUCUCCGACGUUCUUGAUCGUGUGUAUGCUUCGCUAAACCAAAAAGGUGAAGUGAAAUCCGGGGACAUGAUUCUCCUCUACGCGAUACUCACAGCAGCCAUGCAUACUUGGUCUGCAGACGACUGCUGUAAGCGCGGUCUCUUUACAACCCCCGAGGAAGCACAUAAGCAUUCAGCUAUUUGGAUUAAGGCGACCGAACAUCUCCUCGAAAUUGCUCAGCGGACGACUAAGAUGUCUAUUGAGGGUAUAGAGGGGAUCAUCGUCAUCGGGUUUAUUGUGUCCAGUUACAAAGGGUUUUCGAGGAGAUGCUGGCACUUGAUGAACAAUGCUAUCCUACACGCACGCGAACUAGGUCUCCAUCGUAUCGACCAUCCUUCCAAUUCUGAGUCUUCAGGGACAGCAAACGCUGAAGUGGGGCGUAGGCUGUGGUGGUAUCUGGUUGCAACCGAUUGGGCCAUGUCUGCGAAGUUCAACGGUGCAGCACGAGGGACUUAUCAAUGUCAUCCAAGACAGAUGAUGACAGACAAGCCUCUCAACAUAGAUGACGAGGAUGUUGUGGACGGCAUGUCACGCGUUGGAAAGCCUUCCUCUCAGCCUACUUCGAUGUCUUACUUCCUCUUCCGAAUCCGUCUUAAUGAGAUAUCUCGCAGUCUUGUAGACCGUACACCGUUCAUGAGUGUAGCUUCCAGUACAAGUUUUGAGGUCGUCAUGGACAUUGAUACGGAAAUGCAAAAAGUCUACGCCGACAUCCCUGCGUUCUUUUCCCUGCCCCCAGCAGACACGAGCAGAAUCUACAAUAUUAGCUAUGCGCGAGCUCUGAGCAUUGCUCGUCAAGGGAACGAUCUUUAUGCUCUAUUCAACGCCCAACGCUGUCGUCUACACCUCCCUUAUGCCCAGCGUGGGUACGUCGAACCCGAGUUUGCGCCCUCACGAGACCUAUGCAUCAACUCUGCACGCCUCAUCAUCCGUAACGAGACCGCAUACUACAAUUCGGAUCUGGGAGAGGGCGGUUCGCGUUAUGUACCCCUGUUUUACAGCAUGACCGUAUUCCUGGCAUGUACUGUACUGCUCAUGGACUACUCCCACAGUCGAUCUGCAACGCACCGCGACAAGCAAAAGCUCGAGAUCUGCAGUGCAGUGCGUUUGCUCGAAUCGGCGCGGCUUGAGAGCGAGCUAGCUGCUAAGUUUAUGGACAGCAUGAUUACCGUGCUGCACAAGCAUGGAAUUGCGCUGAACAAGCAGUCGGUUGCAGCCCCGACAAACAGUUCCAGCAGAACCACACAGAAGCAGGAUCGAACGACCCCUUCUAUGUUGUAUGACACGGCUACUGGGGCUUCUGCGCCUUCUUCAGAGUUCCAACAUGGUUCUUACAUGGGGGCGAUGGCAGGGCAACCAGUAGCACUGCCUGAUACACCGCUGAGUGUCUUGGAAAACAACACAUUGGCAAGCCAGGGGCUCGAUGAAACUGAUGGGGGUGUUUUCAACAGCAUGCAGACUGGGGGGUCUGACUUGGGCGAUCUGGUGAUGGCAUUAGAUCAAGGCGUGGACGUCGGCAUGAUUGACUGGGAUGACAUCUUCAUUGGAUUGGAGCCGUCUUUUAUGUGAAAAUUCGAGAGAGCUAUCUCGAUCAAUUUUUGGUCGUAGAGCCCACACUACCUCAUGAUUGACUACGACUAGAUUAAUGGAGCAAAUGAUUGACAGACUUGAACGCACCAGUAUACGCAGCAGAAAUAACGCUGGAAAAGUUGUGCUCU